GGGACACCUGGGUGGGGCACAACUAACAGCCUGCUCUAGUACUAUUCUUGUAACCUGUGCUGUACUCAAUGCGCUUGACUGAUCAACCUGUACAUUUACUGACUACUGCGUAAUAAUAUUGUGUUUACAGCGUUCUUUUGAUUAGUUUUGUAAUAAAUGACGCACCUGAUAUACUGAAGCAGUUCCUUUAUUUGUUUUUGUUGGGCCAGUUGUGACCUCCUGUACUAUCGCUGCAAAUCUUACUGCCGACCAUGGAAUCGAUCGUUUCUCGUCUACAGCAGAUCAAAGACACAGACCCUCCGAAAUACUCCCGUCUGUGUCACCGCCUCAUGCAGCCACGCCUGCAUCCGCCCCCGCGCUUCUCUCCACUGAAAGGUCAUGGCCAGACAGCUGCCUUCUUUCAAACGCUGCAGACCUUCGACAUUUCCAAUCGCCACUUCUGGAUGGAUAUUGCCCGCUCCUGGGAGCAGCGUCCAGAUGAGGAGCCCCCACCAGGAGCAAAUGCUUCCCACAUAUCCCGCCCCAGUUUUUCGCUUUUAAAGGAUCUGGUGACCGCGCCCCGGCCCGAUGACGUCUUCGCACGAUUGUGUAUGUUCAACCAUCCCUGGAAGAUCUUGAGAGUGAUACUACAGAAUAAAACUCCGCGCAAUGUUCUUUUUCUUUUACGGAAAAAGUUCGGACUGACCUUCCCGGAUUUUUUAAGGCUGAAGUCUGAGGGGAAUUUGCAAGGGCUGACUGCCUUUAAAAAAAACCAAGAAGCUCUUGAUGAGCUGCAGAAUUCGUUAGAAGUUGCUGGCACCUUUGUCACUACUACUAGUCACGAAAAUAUUGGUGACCUUUCCCAGGAAAUUUUGGAAACCCCUAAGCGCCAUCCACGCCGUAGUUCUAUCGUGGAAACCAUACUGUUCCCCGAUGACGUUCCACAGCCAGAGCAAACUCCACAGACUUUCCACAGCUCGAUGGUGAGCGAACAACAAGAAGACCCGGCUGUUCGUCUGGCCAAAGAACGCCUGGAGCGUUUACGCGUCAUCUUCGAGGAAUCCGACAUGGACGACGAGCCUGGACUGGAUAUCGGCGAAUUCAAACUGGCGAUGCGGCGUAUCAGCGGCGACGCUAUGACGGAGCGGGAGAUAGCGUUGGUUUUUAUGAAGGUGGAUGCCAACUGCGACGGGAAUGUCGACUGGAACGAGUUUCUGGACUACACGCUGCGGGAGUAUCAGGAGCAGGACGCCAUGUCUCAGGUGGCACGGGAGAUGUAUUUGGAGCCAGCGGCCGUGGUAAAAUACCAAGGGACAAAACAGAUCAAAGCGGUGGUGUGGUCCCCGCAGGCGGCUGCCGCUUCCGAGAGUACCAUCGACUGGGUGAGUGGGCGCUACUAUUCCGUGACUGCAGAGGGUAUCGUCCAGUGUUGGACUCUGGAUUUAGCUCCCAAUGGUGAUCCGAUGUACCUCAUCCCAGAGUUCCGUUCGGCUGGCUGCCACGAAAAGGUCACCGAUAUGGUGUGCAUCCCUGAGAUCCGUGCCCUGGGUAUCGGGUUCGCUACGGGGCUGAUUAAGCUGUAUUACUACGAUGAAGCGCGAUUGGAAAGGGUCUGCACCAUCUACGGCAUGCCGGCACCUCCAGAGUGCAUGCACUAUGUCUUCCGCGAAUAUCUCGGGAUUCUGUUUUUCGCGGACGCUGUCGGAGGGUUGUUUGCUGUAAAAUUUCCAAAUUUGUUUUACGAUGGGUUUUGGACGUCAGCCGGGGUUAGUCAACGUUCGAGCAACCUGGUUGCUUGGGCGGACCUUCGGAAAGCCGGGAAAUGCAUGGAGAUAAACCGGGUUACAGUGGCCGCUCAGAAUCCAGUGCUGCAGAUCCGAUUCUGCCUGGAUAUAAACGCGGUCAUUGUUGCCACCAACGAACCGGUGCAUUCGCUAAUCCUCUUCCCGGUGCAGUCGCACCGACCACCCCUAUACAUCGCUAAUGCUCCCAACGGAUUCAACUGCUUUGACUACCAGCCGGCCGUCCACCUCAUUGCCACUGGUUCCUCCGAUCGAUCGCUUAAAUUGUGGCAGCCAGAUAAACUGACCACGCCCACUGCAACCUUUGCCGUCCACACCGCCAGUGUGGACCAGGUACGGAUUGUCCAUGAAGCGCACUUUGUCGCCGUGGUGACAGUCGAUGCGCUCCGUACCAUCCGGGUUUUCAAUGUGCGAGAGAACGCCUUGUGGCAGGAGAUCCCCAGCCCGGUGGGGAACUUCAGAAAGGUUAUGAUCGGGACGUUGUUUUAUAACCCCGUAGGGAGGCACUUUGUUUAUGGUGGAUGUGAGCUGUUGACCAUAGAGCGGUUGGUGCACCGCCGGCAGCGGGACAUCUUAGUGAAGACGCACGACCUCCCAGUGGUUGCGGCGCUUUACAAUGACCUUUUUGACUGCGUGGUCACUGGAUGUGAAGGGUCGACAAUAAUGGUGUGGAACUUCCAGAACGGUCACAAGAUAAUUCAUUUUGCGAACGCUCAUGUAGAGGACGGGAUUAUGGGGACCCAGCCGGUACCCAUACGCAACAUGACCUUCGACAGCAAUCAACGACGCUUGCUAACGGUGGGAGAGGAUGGGCUGACCAAAAUGUGGAAUUUCAAUAACGGAGCCUGUCUGUCGACAUUCGAUCAGGGUGCGGGAAAACCGCUCAGUGCGGUGCAGUAUCACCGGAACCGGGAUUUAGUGGUCGCCGGAGGGUGUGGCCAACGAGUAGUAAUGGUUCGAGACACGCGAGGAGACGAUGACGUUGAAGCAACAGAGUAUAAAUUCCCGGUAAUCCAUCGAACAGAUAUCACAGAUAUCAGAAUAAGAUACAAGAAAACACUGCAAACGACAUCCGAUGAAUCUAUAUCCAUGUCUGGGAGUUCUUCCCUCGAUUCUAAGUUGGCGGACGACGAAUCGCAAUUAAUUUCUGUCAGCUUUGAUGGAGAAAUAGUCGUCUGGGACGUGUUCACCGGCACACCGCUGCGAUUUUUGAACACAGACGGCUCCAUCACUGCGUUUACGCCUUCCGAACGGAAUCUGCAUGUUUCCCCAUACAUCCUCGGCGUGCCCCACAUUCCCCGUCUUCAACCGGAAUCGUCUAGUAUUUCUGAUUUUCUACAGUUUAUCCACUCGCCCCUCAAAGUGCGGAAGAUCAACAGACGGAGCGUCCGAGACGAUAUUCCAGUAGAUUUCAACACCGGAGAAAAGACCCCCUCGCUGGCCGCCGCCUCGGGGGAAGCUGUAUCUUGCAUGAUCCAUCUGAGCGCGCGGAGCACCCAUCCCAAAACGGCUACGAUCCUAACCGCGUCACUGGACGGGUUCAUCCGCGGCUGGUCAGACCGGGGACUGUGUGCGGUGUUCCACGGCGGGAAGACCGCUCAUCACUACAUCCGCUGCAUGACUACCGACCCUGAAAAUGAGCUCCUUUUCACCGGGGACAACGCCGGAUACAUGACGGUUUACUUACUGUGCGACUGGGCCAACGGUGACCUUUCCGACCAUCACCACAACUUCGAUCCGCGUCCGUUUCCGGCCAUUCGCCAAUAUAAGACUUUCGCGCCCAUUUUGGCGCACCUACGCAAUCGGCUAAUGCAAGAAGUCCUUCCAAAACUGGACAGCCGCCACCGAGCGUACUUCUCCAUGCCGAUCAUCCUCAACGUCUACCGAGCACAUCUGUCGGCAAUUCAGCACAUCACAGUGAUUCCGCAGCGACAGGUGGUGAUUACGUCAUCCAGAGAUUGCUCCGUCCGUCUAUGGACGUUCGGAGGACUGUAUAUAGGGACACUGGGACAGUCGGAACCCCUGUUCAUUGACAUCAGUACGGAUGUACCGCCGGUACCACAUUAUAAUUUCACCAGUGCCCAAAACCAGGACGAACACGCGGUGUUUGAAGAAAUCUUUGCUGAGGACACCAUGGACGAAAUCAUUCUGAAACCUCGAGCCAUCGUGCCACAAGAUCUUGCCGAAAGAGCAUCCGCCCUGACGCUUCAGGUCAUUCAGGACAUGAAAAAUUCCGAUCUACCACAACCACAAGUGCAGAAAUCAGAAGAAACCAACAGAAUGGUCACUGUACCGAAGGAUGGUAAUGAGGAUCCAGAACCGUUUCCGGUUGAAGACGAUUUAGCGGUAUAUCGGAAUUUCACCGUAAAAUCGCUAGAAAAUCUCGGGAAUCUAGAAAACCUCGUCCCGGAGUGUAUUUACAAUUAUAACGUAGAGAAAGUCCAGAAUGACUUUAUCGACCGCCUGGCUCUUUGGCAGCGACCGGAAUUUCUCAAGGCCCAACGGGAGGGAACGCUUCACGGGGAUAAAAUGCGCGAACUGGUCCGCGUUGUCCAUGCUCGCCACAUGCAACACAUUGCGAAGAAGUCUCGCUUCGACGUGGGACACGUGAAAAAGACCUUGGCUCGAAUGGGCUCGACGGGCCGCCAGACGCUAGUGGACUUUCUCCUGGAGCCGGAUGCUUCUGAGUUUGUGGGGACGCUGUUGACUAUGCAGUCUUCGUCGACAGAGGUGGUCAGCCAGGAGGAGCGGCGAACCACCACCGCGGUGCCAGUAGUUUCGGGGAAUAUGGAGAUGCUGACGGACAUCCAGGCGGUGGAAAAGACAGCUCGAAGAAAGAAACGGCCGGUCCAGCCGGUGGAACUGGUCUUGACGGCGAACAAGGAGGAAACCAGACGCCUAAAGGAGAAUUCCACCUGGAUGAAUUCGAGAAGCGGGAAGAUAAUGUACUGAAAGAGCUCGAGGUGGCCUGUCCGAUGUCGGACGAACAAAUCUUAUGUGAAGGUCGACCGUUUCCGGAGGGGGUCAAAGUAAUGGCAGCUUUGGAUAAUGAUGCGGAUAGUGGGGAAGAAGAUGUCCCUCGAAAAUUCAAAGUAACUGCAUUUCCGCCGCGGGCAGUUCACCGGGCACCGAUGUCUAAAAGCAAGUUCAUCGCACAGAGUUUUCACCAGAAAGAUAAUACGGCGCACCAGAAAGUUUCUCCGGUUUUUGAGGAGCGUACCGUCAAAGACGAACAUUACGCGAAAAUCUUGAAUAUACUGUCGCGACCGGUACUAAAAUAUUGAUAAUUUUGUUUUUUUUAUGCACGGUUACUGUAUACGUAACUGUAGAAUAUACUGCCGAGUGCCGAACAAAUACGAGUUCCAUUAAGAUAAAACUUCGUUUCGUUAA